AUGCCAUGCUUUACGGCAGUUAGAAGCAUGGCGAACUUGGAGCAAGAUGAGCAGCCACAGAAACUGGACAAAUCCUCCGUUCCUGUGAGUAACCUUGUCCAGGCAACUGUAACUGCUUCGGAAUCGGUGGCAAAGGGCGCUUUGCCGUGUCUAAUUCCGUCCUUUGAUGAAGCUUGUAAUUUGGUCCGGGCACCAUACUCGUGUCUGGUAGUGGACACUCACAGAAGGCACGUUGCUCUGUCUCCAAUGUACCUGAAAAAGAAGAAGACCGGAAUCCAGGAGCAACUCGGCACAGAGCUGCUCAAAUAUUCAGAAAGUUUAAAGGGAGUUCCUGUUGCAUAUGAUAACAUAAGAGUACUGGGCCAAUACGGUGACAUUUAUGACGAUCAAGGCUAUAUUCAUAUGAAUAUAGAAGCAGACUUUGUUAUCUUCCGACCCGAUAAAGGAGAAAAGCUUGUGGGAAUUGUUAACAAAGUAGCCCCCUCUCACAUAGGAUGUCUGGUGCAUGGUUGCUUCAAUGCUUCUCUUCCAAAACCACAUAAGAUGUUCAAUGAAGCCUGUCAUGACUCUGGACUGAAGGUUGGAGACAGGCUGGAGUUUGAGGUGUACCAGUUAGACGCUGAUGUAGCUGGUGUUCUUCUUAUUAGAGGAAAACUAGAUGAAAACAGUGUCCGAGGAAAGCUUGUGACACAGCAAGAAGAAUGCACUGUGGAUCAGGACAAUGUGGAUGGGGAAUCACAUGCCAUUGAGGAAACGCCAAGGAAAAAGAAGAAAAAGAAAAAAGAGAAGAAAAGGAAUAAAGAGGACUUGGAGGCUUCAGUGUGUACCGAUAACAUUUUUGCAGACCGCACAGUGAACAAGGAGGUGGGAGCAAUGCCAGAAGGCAGCAGUGUGAAUGGAGACAGCAGUGUGAAUGGAGGCAUCUCGGAUAUGCCUAAAAAGAAGAAAAAGAAAAAGCUGGACAAAGAACUAGAGCUAGCCUCGCAGACUGAAUUUCAUGCUAGUGACUCUAGUGGUUGCUUGAGUCACAGUAAAAGUGGUAAGAAAAGGAAACUAUCUGACAGAGAAGGAGACUUAAUUGAACCUACUCUAGCACCAAGAGCCAAAAAGAAAAGACAAGAUUGAAGGGUUUUACUGUUCAUUCUGAUGGUGCCUCGUUUCAAAUUGUGUUUCUGAACAAUUUUUUUUAAUCUAAUGUAGGAGGGCUUAUUAUAUUUUCUAGGUAAUUAAGACAUUAAUACCCUAAAGUCAAGUUAAUGUUAAUUGUAUUCAGAUUUAUUUCUAAACUUUCACCUAAUUUAGUGCCUGAUCAGAAAAGGUUAUUACAUUUACAGUAUACAUGAGGCAGAGCAAAACCAAUUUCAUGUAUUCAUGUAUUAAUUUACUUUUUACUAGAAAUACAUCCUAAACUGUCAUGGGGGAGGGGGGGAGAAACCUAUUUUUGGAAUGUAAUUGUGGUACCUGCAGUUUUAUUAAAAUAUUGAACUUGGUUUUGUAUGGAGUAACAGCAGCACACGCCUAUAGAGUAUGUCAACAGUUAUACUAAAAAUAAGAAAUGUUAAUUAGUGUCAGUAAUAAAUAUUGCCUCCUCAAAUGUAGAUUUGCCUUGGAGUAAUGUGUCCUGUAAUGUCAUUGAAUCCCCCUAAUUGUGUGCCGCAGAUCUAUCUGAUGUAUAUUUCAAGCCAGUUGUGUAGUUGCAUAUUGAAGUGCCACCCUUUCUAAUGAAAGACUCAGGAGAGUGUGGUGUAUAUAUUCAUCACUAUUGAUUUAUGGCACAUGAGAGUGAUAUGCAUGAAAAUGAGAUGUGUGAAUCCUAGGUUCAGUGAGGGUUAAAGACUGUAAUCAAAUACAAUGUGAACAGAGGUUAUUGUAAACAGAUGUGUACAAACUGAUUAAUCCCUGAAUAAAGGUGGCAUAAGUGUA